GGAUUCGAACCGGGCGGCGGGGAAGCGGCGGCAAUGGCGGCGCAGCUGCAGCUCGGCCGGGAGCACCAGGGCAUCACCCUGCGCGGCAGCGCGGAGCUCGUCGCCGAGUUCUUCUCCUAUGGGAUCAACAGCAUCCUGUACCAGCGGGGCAUCUACCCCCCCGAGACCUUCACCCGCGUGCAGAAGUACGGGCUCACCCUGCUGGUCACCACGGACCCCGAGCUGGCCAACUACCUCAACAACGUAACGGAGCAGAUGAAAGAGUGGCUGUACAAGUGCAUCGUGCAGCGCCUGGUGGUGGUCAUCUCCAGCAUCGAGAGCAGCGAGGUCCUGGAGCGGUGGCAGUUCGAUAUCGAGUGUGACAAAACUGCGAAGGACGACAAUGGGCCACGAGAGAAAUCUCAGAAGGCAAUUCAGGAUGAAAUUCGCUCUGUCAUCAGACAAAUAACUGCCACAGUAACCUUCUUGCCACUCUUGGAAUCUGCCUGUGCCUUUGACUUGCUGAUAUACACGGAUAAAGAUUUGGCAGUGCCAGAAAAGUGGGAGGAGUCAGGACCACAGUUCAUAGCCAAUUCAGAAGAGGUUCGGCUGCGUUCCUUCACUACCACAAUCCACAAAGUCAACACCACGGUGGCUUACAAGAAGGAUUCUGUUCCCUAAGAUGCAGGGGCAAGUUUUGUGUCUGUAAAUAUCCUGUCACCUUGUAUAGUUUUUGUUCAUCAUGCAGCUAAGCCAUGAACACAUCAUUACUGUCCUCUUGAUGAAGUCUGACACAAAGACAAAAUGCCUGUCUGUGAUAAUGUGACACUAGACUAAGCUGGCAUCAUUUUAAAAGAGAUUUUAAAGGGGUAUUAAUGGUCAUAGUUCAAUUCUUAUUUUACUUCAUGAGCUGAACUACUGGCGUGUUAAACACUGCCUCUGCUAGAAAAAUUGCCUAAAUCUAAGGUUAGCUCCUAGAAUUGUGUUCAGAUCCUGUAAUUUUGUAUUUUAAAAUUAUUUUAAAACUACAUUCUGUUAGCAGUCUUAAGUUCUCUGUAGAAACUAAAAAAAUCUCAUUCCUAGUGUGCCAAUUCUCACAUUAAAAGCCUGGGCUGUUUUACUACCAGAAAUAAGCCUAAAAUGAAUCAACCAAGCAAAUCUUGUACCUCUCUACAAUGGAAGCAGCUGUUUAUCAGAACUUUAAAUACAUGAAGCCUUGUAUUUUAAUGACCACUGGGCUAUAGUUCUGGGGACAGUUGUUCUAAGUCUGUGUGCGUCUGUACUGUCUGUCCAGCAUUUUCUAUGUUUGUAUUCUUGUUUUACAGAAUAAAGCUUCAAGUUUUA